CGGCUAAAUACACUCUCAAUUUCCUCUCAACGUGUUCGUUCUUUCUGUCAAUAAAACCACGCCGAUUGACCUGAAUAUAUCCGCCACCAAGAUGAACACGAAUUUGACGUCGAAGGAGAUUCGGCAACAGUUUCUGGACUUCUUCGUGGAGAAAUAUGAGCACAAAUACAUCCACUCGUCCCCGGUCAUCCCCCACGACGACCCCACGCUCCUGUUCGCCAAUGCUGGCAUGAAUCAGUACAAGCCCAUCUUCCUGGGGGUGGUGGACCCCUCUAGCGAGCAGGGGCGGCUGAAGAGGGCGGUCAACAGCCAGAAGUGCAUCCGAGCGGGCGGCAAGCACAACGACCUCGACGACGUGGGCAAGGACGUCUACCACCACACCUACUUCGAGAUGCUCGGCAACUGGUCCUUCGGGGACUUCUUCAAGAGAGAGAUCUGCCACUGGUCCUGGGAGCUGCUGACCGAGGUGUUCGGCCUCUCUGCGGACAGACUAUACGUGACCUACUUCGGUGGGGAUCCCCAGGCUGGGCUGGAGCCAGACACAGAGUGCAGAGACAUCUGGCUGGAGGUGGGGUUGCCCCCCGAGCGCAUCCUGCCCUUUGGCAUGAAGGACAACUUCUGGGAGAUGGGGGACGUGGGCCCCUGUGGGCCCUGCUCCGAGAUCCAUUACGACAGGGAGGGGGGCAGGGAUGCCGCCCCCCUGGUCAACCAGGAUGUCCCAGACGUGCUCGAGAUAUGGAACCUCGUCUUCAUACAGUUUAACAGGGAGGCCGAUGGCAGCCUGAGGCCCCUCCCAAAGAAGCAUGUGGACACUGGCAUGGGCCUGGAGCGACUGGUGUCUGUGAUACAGGACAAGAGCUCAAACUACGACACCGACAUGUUUGUGCCCAUAUUCGAUGCGAUACAGAAGGCCACCGGGGCCCCCGCCUACUCCGGCAAAGUGGGGGUGGAGGACGAGAGUGGCGCAGACAUGGCAUACCGGGUGGUGGCAGACCACGCUAGGACCCUCACCGUGGCGCUGGCGGACGGAGGGAGGCCGGACAACACCGGCAGGGGGUAUGUCCUGAGGAGGAUCUUGCGGCGGGCCGUGAGAUACGCCACGGAGAAGCUGGGGGCCAAACCCGGCGUAUUUGCCAGCCUGGUGCCAGUUGUCAUCUCCAUACUGGGUGACGUCUUCCCCGAGCUCAAGAAGGACCCUGAAUCUAUCAUGGAUAUCAUCAACGACGAAGAGGCCCAGUUCCUGAAGACCCUGAAUCGAGGAAGGCUUCUUCUGGAAAGAGCCAUUAAGAAGAUAGACUCUGACGUCCUCCCAGGGGAGGUGGCCUGGAGGCUGUACGACACCUACGGGUUCCCGGUGGACCUGACCCAGCUCAUGGUGGAGGAGAAAAACCUGAAGGUGGACACCCAGGGCUACGAAGAGGCCAGGAAAAGAGCACAGCUGCUGUCCCAGGCCAAGGGGGAGGGGGCAGGGGAGGAGAUCCGCCUGGAUGUCCACGCCAUCUCGGAGCUGCAGGAGAGGGGGGUUCCCCCCACAGACGACCUCCCCAAGUACGCAUACAGGGCACUCUCCGACGCCAGGGAAGCAGACUACGAGUUCGAGGCAUGCCGUGGCACCGUGGUGUCCCUUCGUGUGGUGGGAGGCUUCGUGGAUGCGGUGGAGGAGGGUGGUGAGUGUGGUGUGAUCCUGGACCGCACCUCCUUCUAUGCGGAGGCAGGAGGACAGACCUACGACAGAGGGUUCAUGGUCAAGGAGGGAGACGAAGACACGGAGUUUGCGGUGAAGGAGGUUCAGCUGCAGGGGGGGUACGUGGUGCACAUUGGUAUCCUCUCGGGGACACUGAGGGUGGGGGACAAGAUGAGGCUGCUUAUUGACGAGGAGCGAAGGACGUCCGUGAUGAAGAACCACACUGGGACACACAUCCUCAACUUUGCCCUGAGGAGGGCGCUGGCCACCGAAUGCGACCAGAAGGGCUCUCUGGUCGCCCCAGACAGACUUCGCUUCGACUUCACCAACAAGGGGGCCAUGACUGUGUCUCAGGUGAAAGAAGCGGAACUCAUCGCCAAUGAAGUGGUCUCUAAGAACGAAGAGGUCUUCGCCAAGGACUCUCCCUUGCCCAAGGCAAAAGCCAUCCAGGGACUCAGGGCGGUCUUCGGAGAGGUGUACCCUGACCCAGUGCGAGUGGUCUCUGUGGGAGUGCCCGUGGAGGAGCUGCUCGAAGACCCCUCGGGACCCAGGGGCCAAUCGACAUCCGUCGAGUUCUGCGGAGGCACCCACCUGAAGAGAUCGGGUCAUGUGGGAGACUUUGUGAUCGCCUCUGAAGAAGCCAUCGCCAAGGGAAUACGCCGCAUUGUGGCACUCACUGGCGCAGAAGCUGCCAAGGCCAUCAAGAAGGCAGAGGUGUUCCAAAACGAAGUGGAGAACCUGAAGAAUCGGAUAGGGGACAAGAGUCAAACCGUCAGCCAGAAAGAGAUGGUCAAGAAAAUUGUGGAGCUGACCGAGGAAAUCUCCCAGUCCAGCAUUUCCUACUGGAGGAAAGACGAGAUGAGGACGCAGCUUAAGAACCUGAAGAAGCAGCUGGACGACCUGGAUCGGGCAAACAAGGCGGCCAUAGUCAACACGGUCUCCGAGGAAGCGAAGCAAAUGUUCCUGGGAGAUUCCAAAGACCUGCCCUUCAUCGUCCACGAAUUCAAAGCAGGUUUCAACGCCAAGGCACUAGAUGGCGCCCUGAAGCAGGUGAAGCUCCACUCCCCGGACACGGCGGCCAUGUUCUUCACGAGGGACGCCGAGAGCGACAAGGUGCUCUGCAUGAGCUACGUGCCACAGGCGGCCACCUCCAGGGGCCUGAAGGCCAACGAGUGGGUGCAGCGGGUGUCAGAAGCCAUCGGAGGAAAGGGCGGCGGCAAGCCGGACUCCGCCCAGGCCACGGGCACGGGCGCCGCCUCCCUUCCCGAGGCAAUGGGAUUGGCCCACAAGUUUGCGGAGAUGAAGCUCAGCCAAUGAGGAUCUGCCGGACCGACCAAGGGGCGGAGGACCAAUAUACAUACUGUUGGGAAAUAUUGAAUAAAUUAUUGAACUUUGA